AUGGAGCAUGAAAAUCAAAAUUCUUAUGAUGUAAUUGAUGACAAGGAGAUUCAUAGUGUUUUCCCAUCACGUAUGAAGAAAAAUGUUGUAUUGCCAAUCAGAACUGAUAGUUUUUUGAAGGUGAAAAGAAGCCCAAUUGUUGUAACCAACCAAUUUCAUGGGGAAAACAAGAAGGAUAAAGAUAAAGCCAUCACAGUCUUCGUGGGAAGUGAAACAUGUUCCAACAACACCGCAGAGUACGAAACAUUGAUUGUGGGCCUUGAAAUGAAAUCAGAUAUGCAAAUUCCUAAAUUGGAUGUUUGCGGUGACUCUCAAUUAAUCAUCAAUAAACUCUCAGGGAGUUACGAGAAAGUAGUUGCAAAGAAUAGAAGGGAUUGGCAUGAGAGAGUUGGUGAGGCUUUGUGGGAAUAUCGUACAACCAUUAGAACGACUACACAAGCGACUUUGUUUUCAUUGGUGUAUGGCGUAGAAGCAGUCCUUCCAUUGGAGAAGCAAAUUCCAUCAUUGCGAAUUGUAUUCCAAGAGGAACUUACAACUGAAAGCAACGCUCCACUUCGUCAAGUAGAGUUGGAGGCAUUCGAUGAAAAUACAUUGGAAGCACAACAAAGCUGGAGUGUUAUCAAGAUCGACUUGCAAGAGUAUUCAAAAAAAAAGUGCAACCUCGAUCAUUUAGAGUGA